CACAUUUAUUCCCCAGUCUUACUCGACACUUUCAUUCAGCUGGAUUUAGAUCCUCCUCAAAAUUCCCGAACUUCAACCCAAUUACGAAAUGACUUACAAAAUAAUAUAUUUUGGAAUAAAAGGCAGAGCUGAAGCAUUCCGGUUGAUAUUUUCUGCUCUCGAUGUCAAAUAUGAGGACGUCAUUAUUAAAUCGGCCGACUGGCCCGGAUACAAGCCGGGCACGCCAUGGGGUCAACUCCCAAUUUUGGAGGUGGAUGGACAACAGCUCGCACAGACUUCCACAAUUUGUCGCUACCUCGGUCACACUUUCAAUCUUUGUGGCGAAACUGCAUGGGAAGAUGCAAAAUGUGAUGAGUAUGUGGACGCCACUAACGAUUUGAUUGAGGAAUGGAUCGGAUUUAAAUUUCUGGAACCUGACGAGGCGCGAAAGGUUGAAAGAAAGGCUAAAUUCGUUUCAACUCUGAUUCCAAACUGCCUCGCGAAAUUGGAAGUUAUCAAAGAAAAGAAUGGUGGGGAUUUUCUCGUUGGGAAAAAGCUUACCUGGGCUGAUAUCAAUGUUGCUGAUAAGCUCGCGAUGUUGGAAGGAGAUAUCGACUCUACAAUUCUUGAGGGAUAUCCGAACCUCAAGAUGUUCAAAAAUGCGGUGUUUUCUAUCCCCAGAAUUAAAGCGUAUAUUGAAAAGUCGGGAUAUACUUAUGUCAAUAUGGACCCGGGAUUGGGAUAAUGUUGUUUUGUGUUACGUGGAAAAUAAAUUGAUAAUGUGCAUAACCAUAAAAUAUAUCCAA